UAUUUGUAGGUACGGAUUGAAUUUGAGGCGUCCGGUAGAAAAAAUACGACGAAUUUCUUGUGGAGAGAGGAUGGAUUUUGAAAUGGCGGGGAAUCGCUGUUGGUAAUUUGACGAAUUCACUUUUCUUGAUCGGGAAAACCUAAUAUACUCUUCUUGGCAAAUCAUCAUCAUCGUUGUCGUCGAGUGUGGACGGAUUGGAAAUUGUUGUUUGAAUGAGGUUAGGUUUUACUUGGAUUGCUUAAUCGAAUACCGUUUCAGAUCCGUUCGAGUUAAUAUCUAUUGGACUGGAGUUCGGGAAUUCUUUUCGAAUCGGAUUUGGGAGGACAUGUUUUCGCAGAUUCUUGCGCCAUUUGGAACAUAAUUUUCGUUUUAUCGAGUGUUGGAUUGCGUCCGAGGGUUUUGGUGAAUCUUUUGUUUUGAACCGAGAGAUUUUUGUUGUUGAUUUCUUCUGCACAACGAAGAUAGGGAUUCUUCGAUCAUUUGUAGUGGAAUCAGACGAUUAUUCCGAUACCUAAUUGCCUUUGAAUUGUUGCUAUUGUUUUUUUUGAAAUUAUGCAUCCCCGUCACCGUAAUACGGGUAAUGGGUUUAGGUCUGGUUCCAUGGGAGUUGGAUUAGCUUCUUCUCGAAUCUCUCCUGAGGGAUCGGUUAGGGGCCAUGGUGGCGCGUAUGGCAAUGAUUAUCGCAAUUUUAAUCAUCCGAGUAGCUUUGGGCGCGGUCAGGGAUACCCCAAAUCAUAUCAAUCAUCCCAAUCACUGCCUCCUCCGCGAAGAGGUGGGGGUUCUGUUGACAUUUUUAUGGAAGCAGGUCGUCUUGCAGCCGAAUAUCUGGUUUCUCAAGGUUUGCUCCCAUCUAGUGUUUUGUCUGGUAAAUGGCAAGGUGGAAGUUUGAGGAGGGAGUCUUCUGAAUUUCAGGAAUUUGGUCCAUUUCGCGAAGAAGGACGAACAUCUAAUGCUGCCCCUCCUCAUUCAGGACAUGUUGGACCUGAUUUCGGGCCAGGUAGGAGGCAGCCAUCUGAUGAGUAUAGUUUGGCACCGUCACGAAAUCAUUUGAGAGGACGAAGAAGAUCCUCGUCUUUCCGAAGUAGUGGUUCUGAUUGGAGUGGCCAAGAGUACAGUAGGAGCAAUAAUUACAAUGAUAGAGCUAGAGCUUCUUCAGAUACAGAGGCUUAUGACGACGCUGAUAAUCUUUCUGCUUAUGGUAAUCGACAGCAAACUGGUGAAGAAGUUGGUACUGAAUUUCAAGUUCUCAAACCUUCCAAGUUAGGACGAAAAGGUGACACGCCUGAGGAUUCAGGACCUGAACUGGUUAAGUACCCUUUGCCAGAUGAUGUAGGCUCGAAGGCAAGUAUUUCUGCUGUUGCGAAAGACCUGCCAAAUGAGCAGAAACUUGCUAAAGAUUCUGAUGAUUUAUGUAAUGUAGAUUCAGGGUUUGAGGAGGUGAAAAAUAAUACCAAUACCAAUGAAACUGAGAAACACUGUGUGGCGGAGAAACUAUCAAUGCAGAAUAAAGCCGAUGACGGUGAUUCCGUGGUGAAGCCAGAGACUGAUCUACUAGCAUUCUGCAGAUUUACUAAGUUCCCCACCAAAACUCGCUCUGCGUUGGCAUACAAGGUUUCUAAGGCAGAUCCUAUUGCAACUGUGUCAGAACAACCUUCUGUUAUCAACCCUAUCAGAUCUGAACUUUCAAUUGACAGUAACUCGUCUACUUGUGCGUUAUCUGGUGCUGUAUCAGCUAAAAACCUUGAUGUCGAAAAUCUAAACUCUGAAAGAUCUGAACCACAAGCUACUGAGGAAGCUGUUAUAAUGGAGGAGGCAUAUCCUAGAUUUGGUGAGAAGGCUAGCUCUUUGACGUCUCAUUCUUUCCAGCAUGGACCAUUUUGGAAUGAGAGCAAGGAAGAAUCUUGCCGAACUCCUGCCGUAUUUGGAAGGAGUAAUUCUAUGUUCGAGGAAAAGGGUCAAAAGCGGUCAUUGGAUGAGAGUGAUGUGGGGGACGGGAAUAAAAAACCAAGAGAAUGGAUUCCGUUGAUGAAUUCUAAGGAGGAAGAUGAAGCCUUUGACCUUCUCAAGUUUGAUAAAGCGAAAGUUAGUUCUGAGGAAAGCAAGCCAGAGUGUGAUAAUGAAGUUAUUGUAGCUGCUGACUGCGUGAACUCAGUGGAUGGUUUUCAUUUCAUAAAGAACGGAGGUGAGCAAUGUGUAGAUUAUGCACAAGAAAAGCAGCUUUUUCCGAAUUCAUUUAAGAUCUGCGACCUUAACCUUAUGGAGGCUUCUGAUAUACAUGAUAAUCAUGAAAACAAUCCUCUUCUCAUCUUCCAAUCUAUUUCUGAAUCAAAAAGAGAAAGAGCUCCUGUUGAAAUCGGCUUGUCUAUAAGCAAUGCUACUGAAUUUGGCCAAAAUAGUGUGGUGGCUGGCGGUAAAGAGAUCGAAAUUAUUGAUUUAGAAGAUGACUCUAAUGCUCAAGUAGACAAGACCUUCCAUAAUCUAGAGACAAAGAGGGAGCCUGUAUUUACUGGAUUGGACGGCUUUCCUAACAACGAACAAAACAGUGGAGAUAUGCCUGAUGUUCACGAUGGCUAUGGACUAAUGAUUUCAGAGUUGCUUGGAGCAGAAUUCCCCAACUGUGCUUCCGUACAAGGAGACAUUAAUUCAAUGCACAAUGAAAUGUCUCUUUCGAAUGGAGAAGUACUUCCUUGCUCAUAUCCAACUUCAUCAUUUAUUGAAGAUUCUCCUUUUUGAUACUUUGCCUGGCUUCUUAAAGAUUAUAUUGUUGGGGCUCUGGCGGAUGAUGAUCUAAUAUAUAUGUCCCUGGGGGAAAUUCCAUUGAGUAUGCCAGAAUUUUAAUUUCUUUUGUCCAUCAAUAUAAUUAUGUGAUCAUAAGUUUAAAUCAAUUUGAUGGUAGGAAUUGUGUAUUGUGUAAAAGAAGGAUAUGCAAUUGUUUACCACAGACUUUGUGUAUGUUGGGGAAGGAAAUAGGUGAAUAUUGUAAGACAGAAUGAUAGCUAAUGGUCUCUUUUAGCUUCUUCUCUUUACUUUCUUCA